CACGUCUAGUCUUGGUUCAGGCGUCCACAGGUAGAUCGCCCCCAGGCAGCAACAUGAUUACAAGAUUAAAUCCAAUCUUCUAGAAUCAAUCUCCGAAUGCUUCCUUACUUCAAUUAAAGCAGUGAUGAUUACGAUCACAGACCAAAAGUCGCCUCUACUUCAGCUACCUCAGAAUCUGCGCGAGCGAAUCUGGAGUCACGCAUACGGAUCUUUGGUCUUACACGCUGAGCCAGCAUGUGUCGACCAGAAAAUGAAGCCCUCAGGGCACUAUGCCUUCAAAUACUGUCUCUGCCAGCAGCCUGAGCAGGUUACAAAUUCCUCGACGAAGAUGACUGAAUGCUGUGCAAAUGCCAGAAGAGCCGGCACGAGGACACCCUUCUUCUGGCCGAUUGUAAGCAAACAGUUCUGGACCGAGGCCAUGGACACUCUCUAUGCAUCUGCCACCUUCAAGGUCGACAGCAGCAUCGAUCUGUACAUACUGUCGUCUUCGCAGCAACACAGCGUGCGACGCAUGCGCUUCCUCGUCGUCCAACUAGGGCUCGGCAUCAAGCAUCACAACCGUAUCUGGAGUCCAGCAAGAUGCUCGAACGUGAUCAAGAAGUUUGAAAGCCUCCAGGGUCUCAUGCUGCUGAUUGGCCGUGGGGUCGAGGAUGACGAGAACUACUCCGGCACACGCAUGACCUGGAAAUACGACAGCAACGGCAAGCCCAAUGGCACUGUGUCUCACGGCAGCCGAAUGGAGGGCCCUUCAUGGAACGAAGAAAGAAACUGGCUCCCUAUGUUUUUGCGCGCGUUCCAGCAACAUCAUCUCCAGCCCGAAGUUACUCAUAUCCAUCUCUUUGAGGGAAACAAGCAGAAAUGGUGUGAGCCUCCCCCAUAUCAUCCUAAGGACAGGAGAUGGAGGGAGGACCCAUACCUCGAGCGCCGCGAAGAUGAGGUAUUUCAGGAGAAAUUGCGCAAGGAUUUGGCAGCCAGUAUGAGAGCGGUGUUGCUGGGGCAGGACAUAGGCCUUCUGUUUCCGGACUGGAAGGCUGAGAACGAACGGCUACUGCAGGAACAUAUGCCAAAGACGAAAGAGUCUUUGCCUGAAGACUAAGAAGUUUCUGAUCCGUGGCGUAUGCUGGUCGUGGGGUUGUCGUUCUCGUGGCGUGCCCACCGUUGCAUGGCACGGUAAGGCAGUAGCGCUCAGCGAGGUCAUUGAUUGUAACUGCGCGAGCAGUGUCGGUCAGAGACUGUGAUCAACAAUUGCUGCAGCCAAAAAGGAGGCAAAAUGUACAUACUUUAGCACCCCUGAAUUGGCUGGUAAAUACGCAUGAUAUCUGCUGCGACAACAGUUGUAUUGCUAUCUGUUGUCGUGUUGUGUGUUGUUACACAAGCUCUCAGCUCUCAGGUAAGUGCACUUGCCCACCGGGCAGUGCCUGCUACAAUAUGAUAUCAUGUGAUGUGAGCCACGUUGUUACAUUGAUUAUGCAGACAUGGUUUAGCGUUUAUAUGGGGUAGUGUGUAUACAUGCUGAAUAUCAUCUUACGUUGCGC